GAUGACCACGAAAAUCCAAUGAGUUUUCGUUAUUUUCCACAAAACAAACAGAGUCAUGCACAAGCCUGUGGGCCUGGAACCAACAAAAAUGGUUCCCUACAUAAACAACCAUUUGUCAAAACUCAAAUCCCUUCAAAAUAAACCAAAACAAACCAAACCAAAACAAAAAAAAACAAAAGUAUAAAAACCGCGCUAUAUCUCUCUCCAAAAUAAUUCAAACUCUCAAAAAAAAACAUAACUUCCCGCUCACCUUUUAAACAUUUUCCCUUUUUUCCCCAUUUUCUCUCUCCUACAAUUUACCCUUCUUCAAUCUCCCACAAUCUUCAAUUCAAAUCAAAUCUCCACAAACCCUAAUUUUCAAAUUCAAAUUCAAAUUAUAAUCAACAAUGUCGACGACAACAGUUCGUCGAAUCAAAGAGCGUGGAGGUUCAGGAGGAAAGAUCUCAGCUUCAAUACCUUCUACCAAAACCCUAACUCCGAUUUCCGAAAAGCCCUCUUUAGUUACUAGCGGAAGGAAAUCAAUCGGGAAAGAAAAUCCUAAUUCUAAUCCUAGAUCAAUUUCUAGGGUUUCUGGAACAUCUCAGAAGCCUGUGAUUCGAUCGAUGCCCAGAGUUUCUGAUGCUGAAUCGAGAUCGAGAUCUAGAGGUAGGUGUUCUAGUCCUUCUGAUUUUAAUCGGAUUUUGUCAGAUAUGCGUAAAACUAGGGUUUCUAGUGAAGUUUCGAAUUCAAAGGGGGUGAAUGGAAUUAGGGUUUUGGAGAGAAAAGGGUUUAGGGAUUUGAAUCAGAAAUCUGCUGAAAAGGGUAGUAAUGGAGGUAGGGUUUCUAUUGAUGGGAAAGUUAGUGGUAGAAAGGAGGAUAAUUUAAAGUUAUCUUCUGUUGAUUCUGUAAAGUUAUUUGUGAAUGGUGUUAAUAGAUUAAGAGAUAAAUGUGUUGAUAAGAGUGAUAAAGAUGUAAGCUUUAAUGCUAGUGAAUCGGAGAGUGUGAAACAAAGUGUUGUGUUGAAGAUUGGUGGUGAUUCGGAUGUGGAGAAGAACGGUCGAGAGGCGGGGUCUAAAGGGUUGAGUGUGAAAUCGGCCAGUAAUUUGAGUGUUUGUAAAGAGAAGGGAGUGAGUGAAGAGGGGACGAGCGGGCGUGUUGCUAACAAGCAUACUAGUAAGUUGCAUGAGAAGCUUGCCUAUUUGGAAGGGAAGGUGAAGAGGAUUGCUGGUGAUAUUAAGAAGACUAAGGAGAUGCUUGAUAUGAACAAUACGGAUGCGUCUAAGGUGAUACUUUCGGAUAUUCAGGAAAAGAUUUCAGGUAUUGAGAAGGCUAUGGGGAAUGUGAUGGUUGAUACUAAUGUGCAUGUAACUGGUGAUUGUUCUAGUAAUUUGGGAAAUUUAAAGAGCAUUGAGAUUGAUAGCGGACACAGAACACACGAGGAAAAUCAGAAUGUGCAAGCUGAGUCUUCAAAUUUAUCAGUGAAAGGCUUAAAUUGUGAGGAGCUAGAAGCAAGGCUUUUUCCUCAUCAUAAAUUAUUGCGAAAUCGGACUUCAGUUAAAGAGUCUGCUUCUGGCUCCCAGAGUGAUAAAGCCCAAGUUCUAGAACUCAAUGGUAGAUCAAAUUCAGCAGAGGUUUCAAAGGUUCAUGUUGAUGAAGAUCCAAUAGCACUGGAGUUCCUGGCUUCCUUAACUAAGAUGCACACUGAGGUUGGUGUAAAAGAUGUAGAAGUAUUUUUGGAUGCUGUUAAAGUUCCAGAUACAGAUGAUGCUGAAACUUCAACAGCAAGACGGAGUUCUGGUGUAUUCAGUGGAAAACAUACUGCUGAUGUGAAUUUGCAAGCUGACGAGAGACUGGAUGAAUUUGAUGAGCAAGAGAACAAGCCGGCAAUGAUGGUUGACGAGGAGAUUGAUGAUGACUCUAUUUCUCAGCUGAUAGAAAUAGGGCGCAAGACUUCUACAGGGGGGUGGUUUGUCUCUGAGGGAGAAUCAGUUCUUUUAGCUCAUGAUGAUAGUUCAUGUUCUUUCUAUGAUAUUGCCAAUCAGGAGGAGAAAGCUGAAUACAGACCACCAGCAGGAAUCUCAGAAAACAUAUGGAGGGAUUGUUGGGUAAUUCGUGCCCCUAGUGCAGACGGUUGCUCUGGAAAGUAUGUGGUGGCUGCCUCUGCUGGAAAUACCUUGGAAUCAGGGUUCUGUUCAUGGGACUUCUACUCCAAAGAUGUGCGAGCUUUCCAUAUCGAGGAUAACACAACCAAUCCAAGAGUAGCUCUAGGUCAGUUAGCUGAUAACAUCAUGUACAGAAGGAAUGCUUUAUCUAGUAUGAUGUCUUCUGAAAACCAGCAGUGGUGGUAUAGACCUUGUGGACCAUUACUUAUCUCCACUGCAAGUUGUCAGAAAGCUGUUAAAGUAUUUGAUAUUCGUGACGGUGAGCUGAUCAUGAGGUGGGAUGUCCCGAAGCCUGUGGUGGCCAUGGAUUAUUGUAGUCCACUGCAGUGGAGAAACAGAGGCAAAGCUGUUGUAGCAGAAGCUGAAGCUAUUUCACUGUGGGAUGUGAGCUCACUGAGUCCUCGAGCAUUAUUAACUGUUUCCACCUCUGGUCGCAAGAUAUCAGCUCUCCAUGUGAAUAACACUGAUGCUGAGUUGGGUGGAGGAGUCCGUCAAAGAGUGAGUUCAUCAGAAGCAGAAGGAAAUGAUGGAGUCUUCUGCACUGCUGAUUCCAUUAACAUCCUUGACUUCCGUCACCCAUCUGGUAUCGGCCUUAAGAUGCCCAAGAUUGGUGUAAGUGUUCAGUCACUUUCCUCCAGAGGCGAUUCUGUAUUUCUUGGCUGCAGUAAUGUUAUUUCAGCAGUAAAGAAGCAGGUGCAAUCACAGGUUCUACAAUUCUCUUUACGUAAGCAAAAGAUUGUGAAUACUUAUACAUUACCUGAAUCCAAUGCUCAUUCUCACCACAAAGCAUUAACCCAAGUAUGGGGGGACUCAAAUAUGGUUAUGGCCGUUUGUGGACUUGGAUUGUUUGUUUUUGAUACUGUAAAAAAUGAUGGGUUGCCUGCAUUUGUUAGUGACAGUAGUAGUUCACAGAAUGUUAAGGAAAUUAUUGGGCCAGAUGAUAUGUAUUCGCCUUCGUUUGAUAGCCUGUCUUCCCAGAUUCUGCUGAUAUCAAGAGAUCGUCCAGCAAUGUGGAGGCACUUGUCAUAGAUAUGAUUGAUGCUUGUUAAAAGCUAUGGAGCAUCUCGCUCUUUCAUGUAAAAUAAAUCCUGUAUCUUUGUUGAUUAUUGCGUGUUUGUCUGCUGCAGUUUUCUAAGUGUUCUCUAAUCAGUUGAAUUGGCUUUCUGGAUAAAUGAGAUAGAUCAUGUUUGUUUGUUA